UUUGAUGUAUAUAUUUUGCCGCGACGGUGGCGCUGCGCUUUAUUUUACUGUGAAUUUGUGAGUGAGAACAGUGUUGUGUGUUGUGAGUGAGAAAUUUAUAAUAAUUUACUUACUCUAGUGGACUAAUCUAUUGGAUAUAAUCAUCAAAUAAUAGGAUAAAAACACAAAAUGGGAAAGGACUACUAUCGGAUACUGGGGAUCGCCAAGGGCGCGUCAGAUGACGAGAUCAAGAAGGCGUACCGCAAGCUGGCGCUGAAGUACCACCCGGACAAGAACAAGGCGGCCGGCGCCGAGGAGCGCUUCAAGGAGGUGGCGGAGGCCUACGAGGUGCUCUCCGACAAGAAGAAGCGAGAGAUCUACGACAGCCACGGCGAGGAGGGGCUGAAGGGCGGCAUGGGCGGUCAGCACGGGCCGGGCGGCGGCCAGCAGUUCUCCUACACCUUCCACGGAGACCCGAAGGCCACCUUCGCGCAGUUCUUCGGCUCGUCGAGCCCCUUCCAGGCUUUCUUCGACAUGAACGGCGGCGGCGGCGGUGGCGGCUCCACCGGCCUAUUCUUCGACCGCGAGAUGGACGUGGACCCGUUCGAGGGCAUGCUGGGCGGCGGCGCGCGCCCCGGCGGCCCGGGCGGCGCCUUCCGCAGCCACAGCUUCAACUUCCACGGCUCGCCCAACCGCAAGGAGAAGAGCCAGGACCCGCCCAUCGAGCACGACCUGUACGUGUCGCUGGAGGACAUCGCGCGCGGCUGCGUCAAGAAGAUGAAGAUCUCGCGCCGCGUCAUCCAGCCCGACGGCACCUCCAAGAAGGAAGACAAGGUGCUGACCAUACACGUGAAGCCGGGCUGGAAGGCCGGCACCAAGAUCACAUUCCAGAAGGAGGGCGACCAGGGACGCAACAAGAUCCCCGCAGACAUUGUCUUCAUCAUCCGCGACAAGACGCACCCACUCUUCAAGAGAGAAGGCAGUGACAUCAGAUAUACAGCCAAGAUAUCACUCAAACAGGCUCUGUGUGGAACAAUCCUGGAAGUGCCAACAAUGUCGGGAGAGAAGCUGACGGUGAACCUGCAGGGAGAGAUCGUGAAGCCUCACACUGUGAAGAGAUUCCCCAACUACGGUCUGCCAUUCCCCAAGGAGCCGACGCGGAAAGGAGACCUGCUGGUGGCAUUUGACAUCAAGUUCCCCGACCGCCUAGCUAGUGGCGUCAAGGAGAUAUUAGCGGAUACUCUCCCCAACUGAAGUGUUCAUCAUAAGACUGCAGGAUCAAGAGCAUCAUACAUAGAAGAGUGAUUUCUGGUCACUUAAAUUCUCUCAUUCCUACAGUGCGUAGGAAGUUAGUGUUACAGCUGCCUAAAUUAUGUGUAAACAUGGACGUUUUGACUACAACACAGCUGCGUGGAAACAUUUGUUGCCUAGGACAAGUGGAUAGAUGAAUUGCUAGUGCUUUCGUUUACGAAGCGGAUGGUUGUUCUCUGCAAGAAGUGUUUCUGGAGUCACUGUUUGUAGUGACAUGUUCAUGUAGUGUAAUGUCGGAUACACGGAUCUUUGUGCGUUUUAGGACAAAGAGAUAGUGUAUAGAGACUGUAAGAGCUAGUCUAGUACAUUGACUGAAUGAGUGUAUGUGUGUAUUUAAUUUGUUUUUCUAAGUUGUAAAUAUAUACUGUUACGUUGCGAUACUGAGACAGUGAUUGUAAGGUUUAGAAGUUGGAUUCAUCUUGAUUGUAAUGUAUGAUAUUGUAAAUUUGAAAAAAGUGAGAGUGAGAAAGAAAAAAGUUACAAUUACUGUUGAAAAAAUAUGACUAAUAAACAAAAUAUCUUAAAAUAUAAA